AGUAACUGCAUAAGCUCCUAGAAAACCAAAAGAUUUACCUUUCUCAUAAACAAAAAAUGGUUUUUCUAAGCAAGCACCAAUUCAUAGUUAUGCUUAUGAUCUUCAUAGUCGGAGCCUUGGCAUCUCUAGCUGCAGCUCGUUCUUUGGCUGAGGUCGAGGUGUCAACGAUUAUGACUCAUGAGCAAUGGAUGUCACGCUAUGGCCGUGUGUACAAAGAUGCUGACGAGAAGACAAUGCGUUCUAACAUUUUCAGUAAGAACCUGGAAUAUAUAGAGUCAUUUAACAAGGCAAAUACCAAGCCAUACAAGCUGGGGGUCAAUGAAUUUGCAGACCUUACAAAUGAAGAAUUCACGACCAUGAGGAACAGAUACAAAGGCCAUGUUUGCGCCACGGAUACAAGUUUGUUUAGAUAUGCAAAUUUUAGUGCAGUACCAUCUACCAUGGACUGGAGAAAGAAAGGGGCAGUUACACCGAUCAAGGACCAAGGCCAAUGUGGGUGCUGCUGGGCAUUUUCGGCAGUGGCAGCUAUGGAAGGAAUUACUCAGCUUAAAACUGGCAAGUUGAUCUCUUUAUCUGAGCAAGAACUCGUUGACUGUGAUACUAGUGGUGAAGAUCAAGGCUGUGCGGGAGGUCUGAUGGACAAUGCAUUUGAGUUCAUCCAACAAAAUCACGGCCUCUCAACUGAAACAAACUACCCUUACAGUGGGACUGAUGGAACUUGCAACGCCAACAAAGAAGCAAACCAUGCAGCCAAGAUAACUGGGCACGAGGAUGUGCCUGCAAAUAGUGAGAGUGCGCUGCUAAAAGCUGUUGCUAAUCAACCAAUCUCUGUUGCCAUUGAUGCUAGUGGUUCCGACUUCCAGUUCUACUCUAGUGGUGUCUUUACAGGUCAGUGUGGAACUGAGUUAGAUCAUGGAGUGACUGCUGUAGGCUAUGGCACAGCUGCUGAUGGAACCAAGUAUUGGCUCGUGAAGAACUCAUGGGGCACAAGCUGGGGUGAAGAAGGUUACAUAAGGAUGCAAAGAGGCAUUAAGGCCAAAGAAGGCCUAUGUGGCAUAGCAAUGGAGGCUUCAUAUCCAACUGCUUAAAAGUUUGAGACAUGAAAGAACAACUGAUUAUGUAUAUAUGUACUGUGUAUGGACUAAAAACAUCUCGCACUGAGCAAGAACUUGUAUAUUGUAAAGAACUUGGUUAUAUGAUAUCUGUACUAUGCUUAUACUGAAGUUGAAGGUAACCAUCCUUUUUUCUUGUCA